UGGCUUACAUUUUUACUAAUAUUUAUCUCAGUUGCCGCUAGCCAUCAACAAGAUGCUAACGGUAAUUUUAAGCGAGUAUGUUAUUAUUCAAACUGGGCUCAAUACCGCCCAGGGAUUGGUUCAUUCAAGCCUGAGGACAUCGACCCUUACCUGUGUACACAUAUCGUGUAUGCCUUUGCCAAUAUGAAUACUGACCAUGAGAUUAUUGCUUAUGAGUGGAACGAUGAAUCCACUGAUUGGUCGAAGGGCAUGUGGGAAAAGGUCAAUGACCUGAAACAAAUCAAUCCUGACCUGCGUACCUUGAUUGCUCUCGGUGGUUGGAAUUUUGGGACGGCGAAAUUUUCGGCUAUGGUGUCCACUCCAGCCAAUAGACAACACUUUAUCUCAAGCACUAUCAGUUUUUUACGCGCUCAUAAUUUUGAUGGAUUUGAUGUUGAUUGGGAGUACCCUGCUGCACGAGGUAGCCCGCCCGAGGACAAGCACAGAUUCACCUUACUGCUACAGGAAUUCAGAAACGCUAUUGAAUCAGAGAUCAUACCUGUAGGUAAAGAAAAGCUUCUGUUGACCGCUGCCGUUGCUGCGGGAGAAGAAACCGUUUCCGGUGGUUAUGAAAUCAAUGAAAUAUCCCAGGUUUUGGACUGGAUCGGUGUGAUGUCAUACGAUUUAAACGGAGCAUGGGAUACGACGACAGGACAUAAUAGCCCCUUACACGCACAGAAUGGGGCUACUGGAACUGAUGCAACAUUAAAUGUGGAAUGGGCAGUGAAUAAUUGGCUGAAUGGUGGUUGUCCGAAAGAAAAGCUAAUCGUUGGCAUGCCUACAUAUGGAAGACAUUUUAAAUUAUCCUCAUCAAACACUGGAAUGGGAGCACCGGCUAGUGGACCUGGAACUGCCGGUCCUUAUACUGGCGAAGCAGGAUUUCUCGCAUAUUAUGAGAUAUGCCAAUUGGUGGAGAACGGGGCAACUCGAUAUUGGGAUACCGAGCAAAGCGUGCCAUAUGCUGUGAAUGGAAACGAAUGGAUAGGCUAUGACGACUUGGUUAGCUUCAGUGCUAAGCUCAAUUGGAUCAAACAAGAACAAUUGGCUGGGACGAUGGUAUGGGCUAUGGAUUUAGACGACUUCAAUGGCAUUUGCAACCAAGGCAGUGCGACGUCCCCGUUGCUAAAUCACAUAAAAGAUGAAUUAGUAACUAUCGAUGUAGUUACUGAUAAAUCGACCACUACAUUUGAAGAAUUUGUGCAAACCACAGCGGCAACUACAACACGUGAACCAACUACGACUGCAUCGCACACCACAACACGUGAACCAACUACGACUGCAUCGCACACCACAACACGUGAACCAACUACGACUGCAUCGCACACCACAACACGUGAACCAACUACAACUGCAUCACGCACCACAACACUUGUCACAACCCAGAAACCAGCUACUGAACCGAACGAAAUAGAUUGUGCAACUUCACCGAGUGGAUUAUAUCGCAAUCCGAACGACUGCAAUAAAUACAUACAAUGUGCUAAUGGAUACCGUUAUGACAGAAACUGCGGUCCGGGCACUGUAUUCAAUCCACAGUGCACUUGCUGUGACUGGGCAUACAAUGUCGAUGGAUGUAACUAUGCUAACGGUAAUUUUAAGCGAGUAUGCUAUUAUUCAAACUGGGCUCAAUACCGCCCAGGGAUUGGUUCAUUCAAGCCUGAGGACAUCGACCCCCAUCUGUGUACCCAUAUCGUGUAUGCCUUUGCCAAUAUGAAUACUGACCAUGAGAUUAUUGCUUAUGAGUGGAACGAUGAAUCCACUGACUGGUCGAAGGUAAAUGACCUCAAACAAACCAAUCCUGACCUGCGUACUCUGAUUGCUCUCGGUGGUUGGAGUUUUGGUUCAUCACAAUUUUCGGCUAUGGUGUCCACUCGAACCAAUCGACAACACUUUAUUUCAACCACCAUUAGCUUUUUACGCAAUAACAAUUUUGAUGGAUUUGAUGUUGAUUGGGAAUACCCUGGAACACGAGGUAGCCCACCUGAGGACAAACACAGAUUCACCUUACUACUACAGGAAUUCAGGCACGCUAUUGAAUCAGAGACCAUACCUGCAGGUAAGGAAAAGCUCCUGCUGACCGCUGCCGUUGCUGCGGGAGAAGAAACCGUUGCCGGUGGUUAUGAAAUCAAUGAAAUAUCCCAGGUUUUGGACUGGAUCGGUGUGAUGUCAUACGAUUUACACGGAGCAUGGGAUACGACGACAGGACAUAAUAGCCCCUUACACGCACAGUAUGGGGCUACUGGAACUGAGGCAACAUUAAAUGUGGAAUGGGCAGUGAAGAAUUGGCUGAAUGGUGGUUGUCCGAAAGAAAAGCUACUCGUUGGCAUGCCUACAUAUGGAAGACAUUUUAAAUUAUCCUCAUCGAACACCGGAAUGGGAGCACCGGUUAGCGGAGCUGGAAGUGCAGGUCCUUAUACUGGCGAAGCAGGAUUCCUCGCAUAUUAUGAGAUAUGCCAAUUGGCGGAGGACGGGGCAACUCGAUAUUGGGAUACCGAGCAAAGCGUGCCAUAUGCUGUGAAUGGAAACGAAUGGAUAGGCUAUGACGACUUGGUUAGCUACAGCGCUAAGCUCAACUGGAUCAAACAAGAAAAGUUGGCUGGAACGAUGGUAUGGGCCAUCGACCUGGAUGAUUUUAAUGCCAAUUGCCACCAGGGCAGUGCCAAGUAUCCCCUGCUAAAUCACAUAAAAGACGAAUUAGUAACUGAUCGUCCAGUUACUGAGAAGCCGGUCACGACGACUGAGGAAACUGAGCUGCCACACCAAGACACAGUAACAGCGUACACUACAACACGUCAAUCAACUACGAUCGCAGAGCAUACUGCAACACGAAAACCAACUACAACCACAAAGCACGUCACAACAUAUGUCGUAACCAAGGAACAAGGAAAUUCUGACAACGAAGUCGACUGUUCUCAACUGCCGAGUGGUCUUCACUCACACCCAAGUGACUGUUCGUUAUUUAUAUCGUGCGUAAAUGGUAAAGCAUAUGUCAUGUCAUGUCUUCCUGGAACUGUAUUCAACCCUGCUGGAUAUUGUGACUGGCCAGACAAUGUGCUAGGGUGCUCAGAGUCACCUCCUGAAACAGGUGAAACAGGAGAAACAGACUGUGCAACUUCACCGAGUGGAUUAUAUCGCAAUCCGAACGACUGCAAUAAAUACAUACAAUGUGCUAAUGGAUACCGUUAUGACAGAAACUGCGGUCCGGGCACUGUAUUCAAUCCACAGUGCACUUGUUGUGACUGGGCAUACAAUGUCGAUGGAUGUAACUGA